AAGACCCAAACCUCACACACUCUUCCUAACGGGCUUUCUGUCGAGCUCAAAACGAAAUACAAAAAACAUUAUGAGCAACCCCAUACCUUCACACUCGAGCACACGGUUUUUCUCUCGUCGAACUCGACGGAAUCCAUAUCAUCUGCUACCAGCCUUAUCAUCAACAAGGAUCGUCUCGCUCGUCAAGAUGACUGGCAUUCCGCCAUGGACAUACAUAGCCAAGAGACCAUGACUUUCUCCUCUGUCCUCUUCGACUCGCGGGCAAAGCUGCGUCCGGAAUGGAUCAGCUCAGAGGCUAAGAAGGGUACGGGUGUCUGGGGACAUGAGCUGGACCGCGGAUCACUACUCUUUGUUGAGAGUGUAGAGGUCAACAAGGAGUACAGAGCAAGGGGCAUCGGCUCGUGGCUCUUACAGCAGGUCCUCACCUCUGAACACGUCGUAGCCUGUCAAUUCGCAUACGCGUGGCCUUCGCCACUAUAUCCCGCCGGUCUUUCCAAGACUGAACUCGUGGACAUCGAGAGCGCUGUAUUGAAGAUGUUUUCGAACGCCGGCUUUAGGCGGGUCGGGCGGUCUAACUUUGUCUGUUACGCGAUGGUGGACGCCACACACGCCUCACGUCACCUCCCCGCAUCUGAAGACGCUAAACCACUUGACCUUCCUCUCGCCGAGCAGACGAGCAGCGGUGACGGAGAGCCUCCGGUCGUCAGAGAUUGGCUCGCCUUCGACACUGCCGCGCAAAUAAACGACCAGUACCCGCUCCAUGCAGCGCUCCUCGCCGACAGCAGCGAAACUAUUAUCGACCUUAUACGCACCCAUCAUGCGGCAGAUCCCUCGUCGAUUCGCACCAAGGGCCCGGACGGUUCGACGCUUCUUCAUAUGGCUGCUUCGAAAGGCCGUCCUGCCGUCGUAACGGAGUUAUUGUCCCUUGGUGCUCGUAGCGACUUGCACGAGAAGGAUAAGGAGGGAAGGACGCCUCUGGCAUGCAUCGACGACGAAAUGAUCAAGGGACGAGAGUUCUUCAAAAUGGUUGGCGUGCCGUUUAAGGGCCACGAGAUGAGCAAGUGCCGUUGCAAGGUGCUCAUCAUGGAAGCUAUGGGCCAAGCACCUCCUUCGCUCGAGAUGAUGAAGUGGGGAUGUACUUGCGGACAGUGUCAUGGAGGCUGGCUGAGUCCGCGCAUGAAAUAUCGUCUUGAAACCUGCGCUGAAGUAGCGUCAGACAUUAUACUUGACACAAUGGACUUCUCCGGUACUCUGGUUCGCUACCAACCACUCAAAGAUGUUGACAUGGUCUAUCUCAUCGACUUCGUCCCCCACUCGGUUCGUGAACAACCCAUCUACCAGUCCUUUAUCCACGGAUAUUCGGCUUGUUACAAGGCCGUUUGCGCCGUCCUUCGGGGCGGUAAUAUUCCGACCGUCCAAACCGUCUCGCAGGAAUUACUGUCUCCCGCCUACGAUGCGCGUUACACGGCCCAUUAUUUCCAGAAGGGAGGUAGGAUCGAGUUUGUCUUGAACGGUGUUGCAUAUCGCUCAUGGGAAGAGGGACCCGCUGGAGACAACACGUUCGAUGACACCUUCGGCGACAACCUGGAAGGGAUGCCCAUAUGCGAGAACGACGACGCUUACAACAUUGUCCGCACCAACAUGGGUCUUGGACCCGAGUUCAACGGACCCGAUUAUGGCCGUUCGAGCUCCGGCUUUGAUGAGGAUGAGGACGAGGAAAUGUAUUCGGAAGAUUCCUCCGACUAAAGAGCAGAAUAAUGGCCGAGACAAAUUCUCGGGCGCUGUAUACGAAUCUCGAGUUAACUGUACUCUUUGGCUUUGUGAUGUACUUAUACGUGGGACUCCUCAGCCCUGAUGUCAUCUUAUCGUUUCUGUGUUAUCCAUAUGGUGGAUUCCGAGUGCGGCUCAUUUGUGCUCGACAUUGACCUCGUUAUUCAUCCCUCCCUCGUUCAAGCUA